AUGGCAGUCUUACCAGUCAUGUUGAUCCUUGGCAUUCUGUUGGUCGUUCCCCGAACAACUGCCGAGCAAGAUCUCCCCAUCGUUGGGGUUAGGUCCGGGGUCAAUCAGCAGACAGGCGAGGUACCGGUAAGAAGGGAUAUCAACGUCCUUUAUGAAGAAGGAGGGCCGCAAUGGGAUCUUUACGUUGGAGCUCUCACAGCCAUGCAAGAUGCGAAUGAAACCGAUCCAACGUCUUAUUUUCAAAUAGCAGGUAUUCAUGGCCAGCCAUACAUAGCUUGGUCAGGCGGUGGACCGCAAACGGGAGCAGAGGCUGGCUAUUGCCCGCAUAACCAAAUGCAGUUCGGGACCUGGCACCGCGGUUAUCUCUCGCUUCAUGAGCAAAUCCUGGUACAUCAUGCCAAACGAAUUGCGUCCACGUAUCCCAAGGCUUUCAGGCGACGGUACAUUGAGGCGGCCGAAAUACUACGCUUAGCAUACUGGGACUGGGCCGCAGAAUCCAAUGUGCCACCCGUUACUGCCCUUUCCAAAGUCGUAAUCAAAAAGCCUGUCAACGGCACUCUACGUCGCGUGACAGUCCAUAAUCCGUUCUUCAGCUAUGAGUAUCCCAAAUCCGCUGUCAGGGGUGACUUUGGCAGUUUUGAUGGGAAGACUCAUACAAAACGCUGUGCAGAUCAGGGGCAGAGCUAUCCCCAUACGGCUAACAACAUCCUAGGUGGAUACAAUUUAAAGGAGAAGGUGUAUAAUGUGUUCAUGCAAGCAAAAAGCUUCGAUGAGAUGGUCUCCUCACAGACUGCCGGUGCCAACUUCGAAGGUCCUCAUGGAGAGGUUCAUGUCGGAGCAGCGUGUGGCCAAGAUCUCGCCUUCCUCGCAACGUCUGCCUUUGACUACCUGUUCUGGCUUCAUCACACCAACGUAGACCGCCUCAUAGCUUACUGGCAAGCCCUUCAUUUCGAAAAUGCAACAAUGCACUUCUCGUACCCCUCUGAUCAGAUGUUUGCUACUCCACCAGGUACAGUCGUCACUCCGCAGAGUCCGUUGUGGCCGUUUGUCAGGAGUGGAGGGCAAGCGCUCACCAGCGAAUCAGUGACGCACAUCCGAGACUGGGGGUACACCUAUUCGCCCAUCAGGUUUUGGGACGAAGCCCCGGGGGAGACGAAAAUGGCGGUCAGCAGAACUGUGAACGAACUCUACGGCCCGCCGGAGAUUGUGUCGUUCAAGACGACGAAGAAACGUAGGACCAUCCUGAAGAAGGAGUAUUUUGCCAGAGUUGAGGUUGAAAGAGGCGAGUUGGAGUUGCCAUGCCAAGUGCAGUUGUUCUUCAGGAAUCAGCUGGCCGGAUCUUUCACGUUGCUAGACAUGCCCAGACAAGGGAAAAGUUAUGAUGAGAUUCCCUUGACAACGGGGAUCAAGGCCGCUGGCAUAACUGAGUAUGCAGCGAAAACAGUACUUGAGCAGCUUCAGGAUGAGUUGGAAGUCGUUAUCAGAAAGUUAAAUGGGGCGAUGAUAGCGCUGGAUCGAGUUCCGGGGUUGAAAAUUGAAGUGGAAGAUGUUGAAGUCAUUCCACCGUCUUCCCUGAAUGAAUUGCCAACGGUAGGAAUAACACACAUCCGCAUGGCAAUGAUCCGUCCUCUAGCCCUGAGGGAUUGA